AUGAAAAUUCAUUACGUUAAUAACAAAUAUUCUAUUGAAUUAGAAGAGACAGAGAUAGAUGAAGAUAUGACUGUUGGAGAACUUCGUCAACAUAUGGCAGCAUUGUAUUUUGCUAAUCCAGAAGAAAUAAAAUUAUCAGAAAAGAAAUAUGUUCAGGGAAAUAGCUAUUAUAAAGAAUUAAAGUAUGACGUGUUAACAUUAAAAUCACUUGAUUUUACUCCUCAAUCAUUGGUGUUAGUGGAGUCAACAAAAGGAAAAAUUCUUGAAAAGCCUAUUGUUGAAACUCAAACAGAAGCUGACCAAAUUGUUAGUAUUGUGAAACAACAAUUAAAGUCACAAGGAAUUAAUAUUAAUUGA